UGAGUUACAAUGAACGGGAAUGGUGACUGUCGCUGUCAUUCUGCCUAGCAUUUCCUUUUUGUGAGGACUAUUCAGUGAACGCAAGGCUUCGUUUACUUUUUUUUACUGUUUUAACAACGGAUACAGUGUGUCAUAAAAAAUACUGUACAUUACAGCGGGGUGUGAAAGUGAGCGCUAGUAGGAUGGAUCAAUAAAAGAAGCGACCCAUACGGACGCCAUAUUGACCAAAACAAAAUGGCAGAACAAGAGAAUAGUUGACAAAGUCCGCAGGCUUUCGUUGACAGAUGCCUUCUCGUGACACGAUAAAAUCCGCAACAACGACUAUUAGAUCUGCUCCGGUGCUCGUGGAUGUUUGCUGACGUAAUGACGUAAUGUCUCCUCCUUUCUAGCGGUGUUAACUCUUCUGAAUAACUAUGAUCAAGUUCCUACUUAUGGUCAACAAACAGGGGCAGACUCGCCUGUCCAAGUAUUAUGAACAAGUGGAGCUUGGGAAGAGAGCAGCUCUGGAAGCUGAUGUGGUCCGGGGAUGCCUCGCGCGGAGGAAGGAAGAGUGUUCAUUUGUGGAGUACAAGGACUACAAACUGGUGUAUCGACAAUACGCAGCACUUCUCAUAGUUGUUGGCGUCACUGAAAAUGAGAAUGAACUCUCAAUCUAUGAGCUUGUGCAUAACUUUGUGGAAGUGUUGGAUAAGUAUUUCAGUCGUGUGAGUGAGCUGGAUGUAUCCUUUAUAAGUCCAAUUACACAAAGUAUUAUCGACCAAACUUGACUAUGAUUGUGUCUUCAGUCAUACAUGUGUAUUUAUAUGAGGGUUUCAUUCCUUAAUGUACAAUCAGAUCAUGUUCAAUUUAGAUAAAGUACACAUUAUACUUGAUGAAAUGAUCCUGAAUGGACACAUUGUGGAGACGAAUAAGAACCGGAUACUGGCACCACUACUGGCCCUGGACAAGAUGACUGAAAGCUGAUUCAAUGCAAAUGAGAUCUCAAUCUUCUGUUCCAAAUGAUAAAUAAAUGUUUUUCACUAGUCUAAA